UAUGGAGCAAAAGCUUUCAGAGUUCAGAGCUCGAAGAAGGGCUGAUGUGGCUCCUAAGAAGAGCGAAAAGCAGCCCAUAACAUCAUCUGACAGUGGCAGCACUUUGAUCUCGGCCAGCUGCCAGUCAUCAACAGCUGAUGCAGACACACAGGAGUUUACAGAAGAUCCAAUCUCUGCUGUCGCUCAGGCUACAAGGACUAAACAUUGGGGGGAUGGCUGGUUGCUGGAGAGCAAUCUGGGUCAAUGGCUUGGUUCGAAACGACUGGCUUUCACAAAUCUGAUUUUGCUGAAGGUGUUGCUUUGGCUGGUUCUACUUGGGCUGUUUGCCGAACUGGAAUUUGGGUUGCCUUUCUUCCUUAUCUCUCUCUUCUACUGGCUGUACGAGGGGCUGCGGAGCCCAACUGCACGUCAACCAGGAGAACUGAGCGCUUACUCAGUGUUCAACCCAGACUGUCAGCCUCUCCUGGGGGCACUUACUGCAGAGCAGCUAGAGGGAGAGAUGGGCUACAGACCACUGGCCAACAGAUGAGACCCUCAAACAACUGACUUUAUUCUGACAUUUAAUAGCUACUGUACUUUAAGAUUUCCACUGUAAUAAAAUGAACUGUAAAUGUA